AUGGGCGAGAAAGAUGUCCAUGCCUUCUGGGAAUCGACCUGCCUGAAAGGGGAAGCAUCAAUGAUCUCAGUCUGGUUCGCCGAUAUCACUGGAGACAUCCAGGUGAAAGGCCCGUCCGGUUUCACCACCUCCUUCAAACAAAAAGGCCACCCUACAGUCUUACGUCUGCAAGAAUCUCCUGUCGACCGUUUAGGUGACGACGAUGAAAUGUGUGACAUGUGGCUUCGCCCCGACAAUUCCUCCAGAUUAGCUGUGGCCACUGCCACCUUGGACGAAACCAUCUUUGACGACCCAUUAGAAGUGCAAUAUACGAAGCUGGAAGAGCUUAAGGCUCAAUUGACGGAACUCCAUCAGCAAUUCCAUGACACCGAAAUAAAUAUCAUGUCCUUGAUCAAGGCAGAAUUUAAAUCUUGCACAAACCUCAAGUGCGUCUGGAAUACUGCGAAAAGCAGUGCUCCCAGCAUCUGCAAGUUGAUCUCCGCACAUUUUUCACAUCACUCAGGCCGAGUUGCUGGAUGUACGGAUGGGGAUGCUCAAUCUCCCUGCCGUGCUCAAGGGCAAGACAGUAGUCAGGAGCAGAAGACGGCACCACAGUCCGCGGAGAUUAUUGAGACAGUAGAAGAAGAGCCUCACUCUUUAUACAGCUCUGCCAUUCCUACUCCUCCUGCGUUCCCCGCUCACGACGAGAUCGAAGACACCGAUAUUCAUGAGUCGGAUGAGCUCCCGAAAUCCUCUGGUGACCAUUCUGAAUCUCACUCAUGGUUUGAAUCGACGGAAGCCUCUGCGCAUGAUGCCCUGGCAACGUUUCAGGAUAACACCGCUCGCAUGCAGCACCUCAUUCGGCGUCACUUAUUGCUCGCAGUGGUAUCUCUUGUGCUCUUGGUUCUAGUUGGCGGAGUCAUCUUUCGUAUUGUACAGAUAUGUCGUGAUCCAAGGCGUCGGGCCGAGCGUGCUGCGCGUCGGGAAGAGUUUCUCACCAGAAGAUUGUAUCGAAAAGCUGCAUGUAAGCACAAGUGGCGCACAUGGUGGAAGCAGCUCAAACGGCAAGCGACCGGUGACUACGAAGAGAAGAGACAAAUGAUCUUGGAACGAGAAGGGAUCUCGCAGGAUUCGCUGCAGAGACAUAUCCUCACCCUCCGUGAUGCAACCGACCUCGUCAGGAACUUGGUCGCCGCAGAGGAAGGCCGGGCCCAGGGCGAUUAUCGUGCCGCCCCGGCCAGAUACCAAUCAUCCUAUCCAUCCCCAUAUACUUCAUCAUCUUACGACGCUGGAGUCGGCAGCAGUAGAGGCUCAGACAACCUCCCUGCUUAUGCUCCACCUCCUCGAUAUGAAGAAGAACUUGAAGGGGAAAUAACUGUUGUCGACGGGUUUAUGUAUCCAGCGAGCACCACAGACGAUGCCACCGAAAGCAGUAUCGUCGACUGCAGCCCCAGGCUCAGCUUUGAAACUGGCAGAUCAACCAUUCUCACCAGGGACGCGCGCGAUUGA